UUGUCUAGUUGGCUGUUGGCUCACUUCAGUUCACUGUUUAUUUUGCAUAUUCGCCGGUUUAAUCACUAUAUACCUAUAAAAUGGCCCGUAAUAUUGUAAAACUAGGCGCUCUGGAAGCCCAGAGAACAGCAUUCCUCCUAUGUGAUAUUCAGGAGACAUUCAGGCCUCAUGUAAAACAUUUCGGUGAAGUUGUUAAAGUUGCUAACAAAAUGAUGGAAGCAGCAAAACACUUUAAAAUCCCAGUAUACGUUUCGGAGCAAUACCCGAAAGGGCUCGGACACACAACUAAGGAUAUUGAUGUGUGCAAUGCAGCUCUAGUUUACGAGAAGACUAAGUUCUCUAUGUAUACUCCGGAGCUACAAGAGAGGCUGAAGAAAGAUGUGCCGGCAUUGGAAACUGUGGUCUUAUUCGGGAUAGAGGCCCACGUAUGCAUCGAGCAGACAGUGAUAGACUUGCUGAAUGAAAAUAUCUCUGUCCAUGUCUUGGCUGAUGGCGUGUCUUCCAGGUCUUUGAUGGACCGUGGCUUGGCCUUGCAGCGUUUCCAAACCAUCGGCUGCUUCGUCGGAACAUCAGAGAACGUACUUUUCAAGCUGUUGAAAGACAAAAAUAAUCCGGCUUUUAAACAGAUUUCUAAACUCAAUGUUACACCUACUCCGGACAAUUUUGGAGCGCAAACUUUGGAAAAUAAAUUACUUUAAUACUUAUACACGGUGUAACAUGAGUAAACCGAAUAAUUUUAACAGCUUAUUCCUGAUCAUAUUUAGAGACAAAAAUGUCAUAUAAACUUUUUUUAAUAAACGCCUAGGUUCAGAGAUAAUAUUAAUUUAAAAAUAAACAAGUUUUUGUUGUUACAUGAUGUAAAAUGCCUUUUUGAUGGUAAUGUAGCUGCUAUGGGACGUAGUCUAAAUAUCCUUAUUGAUAGAUGUCAAAAAGUGACAAGUAACACUUUGCAAACAGAAGGUUUUACGAAAAAAAAAUGUAAAAAUCAAUGUUAAGUAACAAGUUUACCAAUAACAUUUAUUUUUUAUGUACAAAUACAUUAAAAAAAUUGAAAAACAAAAAACAAAAAAAUAUUUUUUUUUGGCGAAAUUGACCUAAACUCAUAUUACAUUUUUUCCUUCUUUUGACCUCAGAAAUGCGUGGUUAAAAUUAUUCGGUUUCCUCAUGUUACACCGUGUAUAUGCCUUAGGGCAUGCACCAUUCACUAACCAGCCGGCGUAGCCAAGGUUACAAUCGCUAUCGCUUAGAGUCUAAGUCUAAGCCUUGGACAAUGUAAAGCAUUAUGUCUCUCUAUCACUCUUCCAUAUUAGUGCGACAGUGACAGUUGCAUUUCGAUCGCUACGGAGCGUAAGCGAUCAGCAUCUUGGCUACGCGGCCAGGGGUUACCCGGUUAAAUCUGGAGUUACCAGUAGUUUCAUUUUCAUUUCAUUUCAUUUAUUAAAUGCCAACCAUGGUAUUACAAGGUGUUUACAUACUAUAUUAAUAUAUAACAUUAUAAAGUACUGCAUGGACCCUGCUAGGGCGUGACAAAUCUUAAAAUAUAACUUAACCUAGGGAAAAAAUGUAAAAUUUACACUUAAAACUAAUACAUAUUUUCAGCUCCGUCAUUCAUAUAUUCUUCGAGAGUGUAAAAAGCUUUAGAUAUUAAAUAUUGUUUUAAUUUUGUAACAAAAAUAGUGUAUUUCUCUUCAGCUACUAUGUGACUAGGUAAGUUAUUGUAGACUUUCAUCGACAUGGAAUGUGGUCCGUUCGAGAUCAUUUUGAGUUUGGCUAUUCCAAUCGGCACCAGUUUGUUCCUUGGCCUCAAGUUAUGGUUUCCUUUACAAAGGUCUUUAGCUUGGGUAUAGAGAUAAAAAUAUUUCCGCACGAAUUUGCAUGACUCGAGAAUGUACAAGGAUGUCAGUGUUAGUAUUUUGAGUUUAAUAAAAUGGGGUCUACAUGAUUCGUCCACGUAUAUAUUGCUCAAAAUUCUAAUGCAUCUUUUUUGGAUUAAGAAUAAGUCAGGGGCAUUAGUACUAUCGCCCCAUAAAAUAAUGCCGUAUUGUAACCACGCUUGCGCAAAUGCAUGAUAAGCGGAAGUUGCUGUAGUUAGGUCCGAGGUUUUUUUAAUUUCUUUCAGGGCGUAAGUAAAUUGGGAUAACUUUGAAGAAAUCUUAUCUAUAUGGUUUUUCCAAUUUAAAUGCUGAUCAAUUUGAAUACCAAGCAGAGAGCAUGUUUUAACAACCUCCAGUUUGGUGUCGUCAUAGGAUAUUUCGGUUUCUAACGCUGUUCUUUGGUGAGGCCUGAACUCGAUUAAGUUCUAUUUGACACGGGGUUAACGGUUUAACCGGUUAACCCAGAGUUUAUAGUGGGAUGGUACAAGUGGCGCUAAGGGACAUUAGACAAGAAAAUUAUGUACCUUUAUUUAACGCCACAACUUAUACACAUUCAGUGGCGUAGCUAGCAUGGGUGGCACCCGGUGCGGAAAUUGUGGGUGUCACCCCAAAAUUCAAUCAAAAUUGUAAAAUAUAUUUAAAAAGAGUAAUUGUAAUUUAUGUUAAAUAGCUCAGGAUUUACUCCAUCGCUUUCAUUUUACAUGAUUUUACGAUUUUUUAUAGGUGGCACUACUGAUGUUCACGGUCGGGUGUCACCCCUAAAUGGGUGACACCCGGGGCGGACCGCCCCCGCCGCCUCCCCCUAGCUACGCCACUGUACACAUUAUUAAGUAUAUUCAAUCAAUCAAUCAAUUCAUUUAUUUGUCGAAAAGCAGGUAAGGUAUAUUAUAAUUUUGUUAUUAUUUCUGAAUUAUUUAGUACUUUAUUUUUUAAAUAAUACCUUUACCGUUACCACAGUAACAAUAAUACGUCUGAAUCAUACACACUUAAAUAAAUGUUAAAUAGAAAAAUUGUUUUGUAUUUAUAUACCUACCUGUAGAAAAUUGCAUUUAAUAUCUGAACUACUAUAUUAUAUAAUGUCAUAGUAUUACCUAUGUUAUUUGUACUUAUUACAUAUAUUUUUGGUUAUGGUAUCUGUUAUUAAAAACUAUAUAAAUACGUAUAUUAAAAACAAGGCUGUUUGUAAAUAUGUUUUAAUUAAUAAUAAUGGAACUUACAUAGAUCAAAUAAAGUUAUACUAUGUU